AUGGCAAACGAUCAGAAUACAUCACCAUUAAAUAUAAAACGAACGGCAUUUGGUUCUACUGGACAUCUUGGUUCAUUAUACGAUGCACAUCGAGAUCAUGUACUUGAAACAUUGAAUAUAACUUUUGAAAAACCACCAGAUCAAUAUCCUCAAAAAGCACAAUGUAUUCUUGAAAAAGGUCAUAACAUUGACAAACGAAAUGCACUUGAAUUAAUCGGUAUUGAUGAACAAUUACGUUUGAGUUUAUUACUUAAUUUAACACCAAAAAAUGGAAUAACUGAAUUAAUAAAUUAUCCAUAUCCAAUAAAUCAAUAUACUCGUAUCAUUCGUUAUACUUAUAUACAUCGAGAAGAAGAAUUUCCUAAUGACACACAUAUAGUACAAACAUGGCUUCACUCUAUAAAACCUGAAGAAAAUGCUACACAUAUUAUUACUAGUAUAAGUUGGGGAAUUGAUAUUAUUAUAAUUUUACAAUUACCGUCGGACGAUCAUCUUGUAACAAUGAUUGAUGAUGUACUUGAAAAAUAUCGAGCUUAUUUAAAUGGUGAUUGUAAUGAAUUUAAAUUAACUCGAAUUGAUAUAAAAUCAUAUACAAAAAUUGCGGACACAAAAAUAUAUUCAAAUCUAACAAAUUUAAAUGAAAGACCAACUUUACAUGAUAUAUUUCAUAGUAUUACUCAACAUAAAAUGAAUGAAAAUGAACAUCAACAAUUAAAUUAUAUUCUUUGUCCUUUAGAACAAUUCUAUUCGGAAAAUUCGAAUUAUUCUCCUCUUGAUUUAAUAAAUAAUAUUCAACUUGAACAAUAUUUAUUUGAUUUAAAAAAUUCAUUAAAUAUUUUAGAAGCUUAUUUUAAUGAAAAUAUGUCAACGCUCUUAUGUGGACAUUUUAAAGAACAACUUACUAAUGUAUAUCAACAAUGGUUUGCUAUUAAAGAGGAAUAUAAUAAAUUAAUUGAACAUUUUUCAAAAUUAAUCAUUGAUAUACGUUCUAAUAUAAUAGCAUUCGAAGUAUUUGAUGAAGAAUUACAAAAUGAAACACAAAUAAGAAUUAAAAAAAAUAUUUAUAGUUUAAUGAACAAUGUAUCCGAUCUUAAUGCUAAAGGACAUUUAAUUACUGAUUUAAAUCAUCAACAAAUUCAAUAUUGUAAUGUUAUUGAACGACAUGUUGAUCAAAAUGAUAAUGAAGAUAGUUUAAAACGUAAAUUAAUUAUAGAUGAAAAUAAUGAUCGUGUUCUAUGCUCGAAUGAUAAUUUAAAUAAAAUUGAUCCUGAACAAUUAAAACAAUUACGACAUGCUUUAGUUGAAGAACUUGAUAGAAAUCCUAAAUUACGUCUUACUUAUGCGGAUUUUUCUUAUUGUAAUUUUGAAUUAUCUAAUAUGGUUAUAUUACCAAUUAGUAAAUAUUAUAUUAAAAAAAAAUCAACUCAACUUCAAGAACUUUUAUCAACUUCCGAUACAAAUAGUUCAAUAAAUUCAAAUGCAACAACAUAUAUUUCUCUACCAUUAUCAUCAUCACCAACAGCAACAACAACGACAACAACAAAUGAAUCUAUUAAUAUUCUUCUUCUUGGUGAAACAAAUGUUGGUAAAUCGACUUUUAUUAAUGCAUUUAUUAAUUAUGUUACAUUUAAUACAAUCGAUAAUAUUCAUUCUGAUAAACCUAUUGUUGCUAUUCCUAUUCUAUUUCCUGUAACUGUUAGUGAUAAUCAUGAAAAACAUUUUGUAAAAUUUGGUAACGUUCAUCAUUCGAAAAAUGAAGAUUUUGAUCAUCCAGGACAAUCAGUUACACAACAUUGUAAAUCCUAUGUAUUUCAUCCGAAUCAUAGCGAUCGAAGAAAAUUACGUAUUAUUGAUACACCCGGUUUUGGUGAUAUUCGUGGUUUAGAUCAAGAUAAUUUUAAUAUGCAACAUAUUUUAGAAUAUGUACAAAGAUUAUCUCAUGUAAAUGCUAUAUGUAUUCUUUUAAAAUCCAAUCAAACAGAAUUAAAUCCAUUUUUACAAUCAUGUCUUACACAAUUAUUUGAUUUUUUUGGUAAAAAUAUUCGUCGGAAUAUUAUCUUUUGUUUUACAAAUACACGAUCAACUUCAUAUAUGCCUGGAAAUUCCGCAUUAUUAUUAGAAGAUAUGCUUUCAUCAUUUCCAAUUCGUAAAAUUCCAUUUAAGAAAAAAAAUACAUUCUGUUUUGAUAAUGAAUCAUUUCAUUAUUUAGUUGCUUUACAAAAUCAUAUCCCCUAUAAUGAUCAAGAUAAACAAGAAUAUGAAACAAGUUGGAUAAAUUCCGUAAGAGAAGCAAAUCGUCUUAUACGUUAUAUUCGAAAAAAUCUUAUACCAUAUCCAAUACCUAAUGAAUGGGAAUGUAUAAAACGUGCACAAAUUGAAAUCGUUCAAAUGAUACAUCCGAUAUUAGAAACAAUCAGACAUAUUUUUCGAAGUAUUAUUAUUCGGAAGAUAAAUUCAUUAAGAGAAUCAAUUGAAUUACAUACAAAUAAUAUAUCUUCAUAUGAAAAACAAAAUGAUAGUUAUCAUAGUCAAAAUCUUCCUCAUCAACCAAUUCCAAUAGAACUUUUACAUGAAUAUAAGAUUCCAAAUGAUGCAUUGAAUCAAAAACAAAAUGAAAUGAUCGAUCAAUUAACAUUAUUAUGUCAUGUAAGUGCUGAAUUUGGAUAUUUUUUAGCAUAUUGUACGAGUUAUCCAAAUGGAAAUCCAUUUCUCACUGGUUUCUUUCGAUUAAUUACAGAAGAAAAAAGUAUUUGUGAUCGUCAUAAUCGAAGUUAUGUGAAUAUACAAUUAGUUGAUGGAUUAAAAGGUUUAUUACAAAAUUAUGAACAACGUAUGAAAGAUUUUAAGACAAAUGCAAAACCUAAUAAUUUAUCAGAUACUCAAGAUUGGAUUAAAUAUAUGAAUGAAUAUCCAUUAAUAUCUGAUUAUGUUGUUGAUAAUAGUGGAUCAACUAUUACCUAUGACUAUGAAUCAAUAGUAUCGUAA